GUUUCCUUCAACUCUCUCUCUCACACUCUCUGAAAUUUUCUUCAUCUCUCUCAAAAUGAAGCUUUCUAUCCGUGUGAUAUCAGCUGUUCUCCUUAUGUUCAUGAUUUUCGUCGCCACAGGGAUGGGUCCGGUCACAGUGGAGGCACGCACGUGUGAGUCAAGGAGCCAUAAGUUCAAAGGUCCAUGUGUGAGCAGACACAACUGCGCAAACGUGUGCCACAACGAAGGUUUUCCUGGAGGUAAAUGCCGUGGGUUCCGUCGUCGUUGCUACUGCACCAGACAUUGCUGAUCCUCCCAUCAAUCGAUUCUCAUAACUCGAAAUCUUCAAUCCAUCGUCUCGUGUUUGUUUCUUUCUAUCUAAUAUUUUGUACAGUACCAUGUCGUACUGUACAUGUGUGUGUGUUCAAUGUGUUCACGAAUAAGUCUUUUUGUGUGUUUUGGUUCUAAUGUAAUGUUAAAUUCUUAUAUUUUCAAUUUUCUCCAGGAUCUAAUGUUUUUUUUGUGGGAAGAAUUCAAGAAUAAUGUUUGAAAAUAUUUGGUGGAUUUUAAUAUCUCACUUAUCAUAUUGGAAGAUUU